ACUGCCUGGUCUCGGCAGCCAAUCAGGUGUGUUCCUUGUUUUAAAUGCCCGGACCCUGAAACUGAGGUUUCUCGGAUGUGAACGCGAAUGCAGAUCUGUGUGUUUAUUGGGAGAACAAUCAUACGUCAACUGUAUUGUUUUCUAUUUUUAUUAUUUGUAGAUGAUUUUGUUUUCUUAAUUUAUCAUGGGGACCCAAGAAGAAAAAGACUGGGUUGAUGCUGCCAAUGAUCUCCUCAGAAAGUGCCAUAUUAACCUGAGGAUGCAGAAGGUAUCGGACUGCGGUGCCUCUGUCUUUGUGUCUCUUUACCAGGCGAUUUUAGGGGAAGGAGUUCCAGAUUACAUUGCUGUUCCCAGGAGUCAGGAAGACGACUCUCACAACGUGCAGGCAGUGAUCGACUCCCUGGCGCUGGACUAUCUGCAGAUCAGCUUGUCUCACAUCACAGGAGAGAACAUUGUACGAGGAAACAAAGAAUCUAUCAAAAAUCUUCUGGACAUUUUUGAGGGGCUGCUUGAAUACCUUACGGAAGAGAUAAGCGAGACGUCUUCUCAGAGCGGAGAUGAUCCAGACCCCAGGGAAAAGGAUCCUGUAGUUCCCAGAGUGCUGUGGGAGGAUCUUGAGGACCAACACAAAGAGGCUCUCCCUGCAGCCAAGCCAUCAUCAUCCAGAGGGUCCUCCCAGUCAUCUCUCCCGUCCUGGGACGCUGAGGGCUCGGAGUCCACGACUGAACUGAUCCGGCUGGGGGACUCGGCACACACUUUCAUCACCAAACAAGACACCAGGAAAGGUGAAGCUUCUCAGUAUGGAAGCCGCCUUGGUGCUGAGUGGACUAACGGGAACAAGGAGACAGGAACUUCAUCAGCCGGGUCUGGACCUGCUCCCAGGAGCAGAAGAGAACCGGAGCCCACUGCCCCCCUGCCUAGCACAUCCUUCUCCUCGGACCCCCUGAACGCCAGUGCCACCCAGCUGGGGCACCCCAUUCGCCAGGCCAUCCCUCUGCAACCCCCCUACCAGCCCCCGCAGCACAGACCCGACCCGUGGAGCACCCAGCCACCGGGCCCUAGGGAUGAGGAGCCAGCGCCCCUUCUGCAAACAAUCCCUGGCCCAUCAAGGGCAGUGUCUGACAGCACCGCUGUGAACGGGACCCAAUCAAGACUCUCUCCAGAGAGUGAGAAGUCCUCGUCCAGCAGCUCCAGAUCAGCUAGUCAUAAGAAGCCUGGUCCUGCUGUGGAUCGGGAGAGAGCGAAGGAGAGCUCCGUCUCGGCCCCGAAGAGAGUGGCGUUCCGCACGCAGCCUGACGUCCGGCUGAUGAGCCUGCAGGGUGGGCUGCAGGAAUCGAGGGUCUGGAGCUCCGAGGAGGAGGGGGACCCCACCGAUCUGCUGAACCGCUCCAGCCAGCGGGAUCACAGAGCCCCCCAGGAGAGGACUCUCAUCAAUGACAGCAGCCUGUAUGAUGGUGGCGUGACGGAGCCGCUGUCCCGACGGAGGGUGAGGAACAAGCUGGCGGAGCAGGAGCUGCAGGAGAUGUCAGCCAAGCUGUCCCGCAGGCUGGAGGAGCUCGACUUGAUGCUGAAGCAGGCUCUGGGAGAGACGGCUGGCGCGAACGAGGCGAGGGGGGAGGAGGACAAACUGUCUCACCACAGCGACAGCUUCAUGGAGUGCCAUCGAACCAAGAGACAGUCAGGAACACCACACCCCAGGAAACCCCCACGCACACGCUCCCUGUCCCCCUCCCCUCCCCGUGCCAGGCGCGCUCUGCAGGGCCAGUUCGAGGACACUGUCCCCCGGGACCAGAUGCAGCACAUCCGCAGAGAGGUGCAGAGAGAGCGGGAUCUGCAGAGGAGGAAAGCAGGGAUUGUGGGCAGAGCCUACGAAGAUGUUUUGAAAAGCUAUAAAGGAAAAGAACGGAUUCAAAUUUCAAAAGAGAAGGCAAAGGCCAAGGAAACGGAACAAGAGUACAAAGAAAACCUCUACAAGGAUGCCCCCCUCACACCCAAGAGGUCCCACAUCCCCCCUGCCAAGCCCACCCCUCACACACCCAGAGCCAGCCAGGGAACACCAGCCAGAGGGGUCGCCCGACCGAGCAAGGCACCGCCCAUGAAGAUUAAAGACAACGACCUGCUCCCCUUGCUGCUGGAGGAGUUCCCCUGCCUCCACGUCUCGCCUCACGCCCUCAACAAGAUGUGGAAGCAGCAGUUCAGGCAGAUCGAGCAGCUGACCGGCUCAGUGUCUGAGCAGGAGCAGCAGCGAUCCAGAUCCAAGCUCAACACGGAGGUGGAAGAGGCCCAGAGGAAGUACGAGCUGCUGGUGGAGAUCAUCCGCAAGGAGCAGGAGCACAACCAGAGACUGAAAGACUUCAAAGACCGCAUUCGACAGCAGAAGUCUGCCCAGAGCAGGAUGAGGGAGCAGAGACAGCAGGUCGCUCGGGCGAAGAAAUAUUACAAUGACUACCACGUGCAGCUGCGCGCCAGGAUGCUGCGCUCCAGGACCAGGGAGGAGAGGAUAUUCAAGAACCUGUUUGAGGAAGGCCUGGAAAUCCAGAAGAAGAGAGUGCGAGAACUGCGCUCCUAUGCCAAGGACCAGCGCGAGGAGCACAAGAAAAAACACAAAGAAGAGCUGGAGUCCAUGGAGAACUAUUACAAGGACCAGUUUUCUAUGUUGGCUGAAACGCUCGCCCAAGAACAACAGGAAGUACAAGUUAGGAAGAAAGCACAGGAAAAGGCGCUCCAGAAGAUGAAGAAGGAGCUCCGUGGGAAGAUGGAGCGUGAGAUCGGGGAGCUGCAGGAGAUGAUCGUGCAGAACGAUGACGACGUGUACUUCCGCGAGCUGGAGGCGGAGCGGCUGAGCCGUCGUGUGCACAUGGCUUCCUUCCAGUACAGCGCAAGCCAUCUGCUGUGAGACCAUCACCCACGCUGGCUUCCUUCCAGUACAGCGCGAGCCCCCUGCUGUGAGACCAUCACCCACGCUGGCUUCCUUCCAGUACAGCGCGAGCCAUCUGCUGUGAGACCAUCACCCACGCUGGCUUCCUUCCAGUACAGCGCGAGCCAUCUGCUGUGAGACCAUCACCCACGCUGGCUUCCUUCCAGUACAGCGCGAGUCCCCUGCUGUGAGACCAUCACCCACGCUGGCUUCCUUCCAGUACAGCACGAGCCCCCUGCUGUGAGACCAUCACCCACACUGGCUUCCUUCCAGUACAGCACGAGCCCCCUGCUGUGAGACCAUCACCCACGCUGGCUUCCUUCCAGUACAGCACGAGCCCCCUGCUGUGAGACCAUCACCCACGCUGGCUUCCUUCCAGUACAGCACGACCAGGACCACCGCAUUUUUUUUUUUUUUUUUUUCUAACAAAGUGCUUUUAAUUUUUUUAAAUUGUGUGUGUGUGUGUGUGUGUGUUUUUCUGGAGUUAUUUAAUCAUUAUUUUUAUGCAUUUCUUAAGUGGUUACCUAGUGUGAUCCCUUCGUUGUCUUUCAUAAAGGCAGAUAAGCUGAUUGGGUUUUUUAUUCCUAUAAUUGAUCUGAAUACUACAUCUAUUCCAGGACACUAGUAAUGAAGAGAGACAUUGCAUUUGAAUAUGUGCGAGUCAUUUUAAGGUUGUAUAAAUCUCUUUUGAUUUUGUAUAUUGAGUGGGCGUGGAAGAAGAACUUUACUUUCUGAUGUUUUAACAAUGUAAAAAAAAUGACUGUACAGAACAGAAAAAUCAGGUUUUAAAUUAUUUUAAAUCUUUUAUUAAAUCUUUGUGUCUGAAAA